CGAAAUUCAUCCAUCGCCUUUCUUCCUUUUCCGCUCUCUCUCUCUCUCUCUCCCUUUCUCUCUUUGAGCUUCAAAAAGAGAAUGGCCAAAUUGCCUUUCUGAUCUACAGCAAAGGAGCGGAAGAAAGGCGAAGCUUUCCCACAUUGAUUUUCUCUUGUUGAUCGAAACCCUAGAACGUAGGAACAAAAAGAAGACGAAGAAGAAGAAGCUGAAGAAGCUGAAGAAGAGGAAGGAGUUUUUCGUUUUUGUUUAUUGAGCAUUUUGGUUGACGAUGGGUUUGUGGGAAGCGUUUCUCAAUUGGCUUCGAAGCCUCUUUUUCAAGCAAGAGAUGGAAUUAUCCCUGAUUGGGCUUCAGAAUGCUGGAAAAACAUCACUUGUAAAUGUUAUUGCAACGGGUGGAUACAGUGAAGAUAUGAUCCCAACGGUAGGAUUUAACAUGAAGAAGGUGACAAAAGGAAAUGUAACAAUAAAGCUUUGGGAUCUUGGAGGCCAACCAAGGUUCCGUAGCAUGUGGGAAAGAUAUUGUCGUGCAGUUUCUGCCAUUGUUUAUGUUGUGGAUGCUGCUGAUUACGAGAACUUGUCCGUUUCAAGAAGUGAGCUUCAUGACUUGUUGAGUAAGCCUUCACUUAAUGGAAUCCCAUUGCUGGUAUUGGGUAACAAGAUUGACAAACAAGGAGCUCUCUCUAAGUCGGAUCUCACAGAACGAAUGGGACUCAAGUCUAUCACUGAUAGAGAAGUCUGUUGCUAUAUGAUUUCCUGCAAGAACUCAACCAAUAUCGAUACGGUCAUCGAUUGGCUCGUAAAGCAUUCAAAGUCGAAAAACUAAGCUGCAGUGGCUGCAAUUUCCGCUUCCAACGCCUAAUUGUGAGGGGCAUGUUUCCAGUUGGCAAAUAUGUCAGUUGUUCACUUGUUCUUGUCCAUCUGAACUUUUGCUGAUAUAUGAAUAUCCAACUUCCCUGUCCUGUUGCUGUGUUUAUACCUUCGCACAUACCUAUUAUGUACAUUGGUUUAGAUUUGUAUUUGAUGAGGGCUGUGAUUCUCUUGUUGGAAGGAAAAAAGAAAAAGGAGGGAAAACAGAGCUUGAUUUUGAUUGUUGCUAUAACUUCCAUUUGACGAUGUGGAUUGUCUUCUAAACAUUUUUCCCUUUGUGUAUGAUUCUAUCUGUUUCAUGGACUAACGUGUUGAAAA